AGAGUUAUCACGUGAUUAUAGCAGCGCUUGGAACAGGGCUGGCUUUUUGUGGCUACGGUUUUAAUGUUAAAAAAAAUGUUGUGGUAAAGGAGAGAGUAGCGCAUGCGCCCAGCAAUUCUGGCGCCUCGGUUGCUCUGGUUACACAACCGGGGAGGGGUGGGAGAGGAAAGGGGAAGCAGCCACCACCCCAGAUUAAACACCUGGGAGGCCUGACCUGCUCCGUUGGCGACGAUUUCGUGACCUGGGAGUCGGAUGGCGGCACAGUGUGUGACAAAAGUGGAACUAACUGUUUCCUGUAGCAGUCUCCUGGAUAGAGAUGUUGGCUCCAAGUCAGACCCACUGUGUGUGUUACUUCAGCACACAAGUGGACAGCAGUGGUAUGAGGUCGAUCGAACAGAAAGAGUCAAAAAUUGUUUGGAUCCCAAGUUUGCGAAGAGGUUCCUAAUUGAUUAUUAUUUUGAACUAGUCCAGAAACUCAAAUUUGGGGUUUUUGAUAUUGACAAUACUACUGUUGAACUGAGUGAUGAUGAUUUCUUAGGAGAAUUUGAAUGCACCCUAGGACAGAUUGUUUCUAGCAAGACACUCACCAGACCUCUUGUAAUGAAAAAUGGCAAACCUGCGGGAAAAGGAAAAAUUACAAUAACGGCUGAAGAAGUAAAGGAUAACAGAGUCGUCAUUUUUGAAGUUGAAGCAAGGAAACUGGACAACAAGGAUUUUUUUGGAAAAUCUGAUCCUUACCUGGAGUUUCACAAGCAGACCUCUGAAGGAAACUGGUUGAUGGUGCACCGAACAGAAGUUAUUAAAAAUAACUUGAACCCUGUCUGGAGGCCAUUUAAAAUCUCUCUCAAUUCUUUGUGUUAUGGUGAUAUGGACAAGACGAUCAAGGUUGAGUGCUAUGAUUAUGACAGCGAUGGUUCCCAUGACCUGAUAGGCACCUUUCAAACCACAAUGUCAAAACUGAAGGAAGCCUCUCGACAAUCGCCAAUUGAAUUUGAAUGCAUGAAUGAGAAGAAGAGGCAAAAGAAGAAAAGUUACAAAAAUUCAGGAAUUGUGAGCUUUAAACACUGUGAGAUUAUCACAGAAUGUACUUUCUUGGACUACAUCAUGGGAGGGUGCCAGCUGAAUUUUACUGUUGCCAUCGACUUUACUGGUUCUAAUGGAGAUCCUCGUUCUCCAGAUUCCCUACAUUAUAUCAGUCCUAAUGGAGUGAAUGAAUAUCUGACUGCAAUUUGGUCUGUGGGAAUGGUUAUUCAGGAUUAUGACACAGAUAAAAUGUUCCCCACUCUUGGGUUUGGUGCUCAGAUUCCUCCCUCAUGGCAGGUAUCACAUGAGUUUCCAUUAAACUUUAACCCAUCAAAUCCAUUUUGCAAUGGAAUCCAAGGUAUUGUGGAUGCAUACCGGGCCUGCCUCCCUCAAGUGAGGUUGUAUGGGCCAACCAACUUUUCUCCAAUAAUAAAUCAUGUGGCUAGGUUUGCCGCUGCAGCUGCUCAACAAAGAACAGCCUCUCAAUAUUUUGUGCUCCUGAUCAUCACUGAUGGUGUGAUCACCGACCUUGAUGAGACCAAAUCUGCCAUUGUUAAUGCAGCCAAGCUCCCCAUGUCAAUUAUAAUUGUUGGUGUUGGAGGGGCUGAUUUCAGUGCCAUGGAGUUUCUUGAUAGUGACAGUGGUGCUCUGAGAUCUCGCUCAGGAGAGACUGCUGUUAGAGAUAUCGUCCAGUUUGUGCCAUUUAGACAGUUCCAAAAUGCACCCAAAGAAGCUCUUGCUCAAAGCGUCCUGGCAGAAGUACCUCAGCAAGUGGUGAGCUACUUCAGCAUGUACAAACUCCAGCCUCCAAUCAAGCCUGCUGCAAAGCAAGAUGGGAGCUGAGCAGAAGAUUGAUACCCCAGGCAAGAGGAUCCCUGUCCACUUGUUUCUGUGGUAUCAAAAGACAGUGGUGGAUGAGAGUUUCAUACAUUGCUUACUGUUAAGAUUUGGUCACUUAUAUUCUGUAUUGCCAAAUAUGCCAUUAUGUUUAUCAAUCCAUUGUUGGGCAUAUUUUGAAAAAAAAUAUUUCCAACAUGUUGACAGUUAUGAACAAUAUACAUCUUCAGGAGAAACAGAGCAGCUGCUUUCUUUCUCACACUCUAUUCAUUUGGCUUCUUCACAUGGUAAAAUGAAGGUGAGAAGACUUAUGGUACAAGGGAAAGAAUCGUUAGUGAUUGUAUAACCCCUAUGCAUUUUGCCUGCAGCUUUGUCAGGGGGGAUCGUCUAGAUUCUUUUUAGAUCUGUACACUAUAGCACAGUGUAUUUAUUGCCCCAGGUGAUAACCGCUGCUGCAUGUAAAAGAUAUAAAGAUGAUUGAGAUUUCCCCCCUGUAUAGCCUGUUGCAAAAGUAGCUGGCUGUGCAUAAUCUGUGCAAAAUUAUAGCAUGUGCCUUGUGGACUAUGUUGCACAACAGAGUGUGUUCUCUCUCUCUGAAUAUUUUAAAAAUAUAACGGUUCAGUACUGUAAUUCCUCAGCCAUUUUGUUCAAUUGUGCAUAAUUAUACUGGGUUGCAUUACUAUAGCUAGUGAAAUGGCUGGACUUCUCUUUUUUCUGCAAACCAAUUUUUUGGUUUGGUGUUUGAUAGUCCCUCUUUCUUCUACGUCUUCCUGCUUGUUUAUUGAGUGGGAGGAAGCUUUAACCCACCUUCUGUAUUUCCUCAUCUCAGAUGCACAUUUGGACCCUCACCAGUUUUUCUGCAAACAGAAAGCCCUUCUGCCAGUUGUGCGGAACUUCCCUACCUCCUUUCUUUCACUGCAGCCCUGUGAUUUCCCUGAAAUGCUGCUCCCGAAAGACCCUCAGAAGCAUCAUGAAGGGCAAAUGGGGGAGUCUGCAGUGGGAGGGAGAAAAAAUGACAAAAUCCACCCCACCCCCUUUCAGAAUAGCUAAGUUUGGAUUCCGCCCACCUUCAUGUAUUGUGUCAAAAUUAUGCUGAAGUGUACAUAAUGUUUUAAUGUGUAUUCUGAUGCUGUAAGUGGAAACUGACUGAAGAAAGCUAAACCUCUGUAAACUGUGUCAUACUGUAAACCUUUUGGACUUGAUAUCUGUUUUAGGGGAGCAGGAUCUAGGACGUGUGCAUUCGUCUUCUGAGACUCAAACUACUUGCUUCAGUGUUGCUUUACCUUAUCUAUCAUCAUGCUAAAAUAUCAGUAUGUUGGCUGUUUGUAAAACCUAUAACAUAUACACACCUUUACAAAUAUUCACUGUUGAUGUGAUUGAAGUGAAUAUUCUCAUACUGCAAAUUGUACAUCAAAGCAUAUUUCCAUUGUGUUUUGAAUGUUAAUUUCUGUUACGUAGGCUUUGCUGACUUUUGGGUAAUGUUUUAUUUAGAUCAGGGUUUCUCAGUUAGUAAAUAGCAAAGCAAACAUGGACCCUUGAAAUGCGGAAGCAUAUUGUGAAAUCAGUUUGUUAUCAUUUGUUGGAUUAUGACUCUUUCAACAGUUAUAGUUGAAGUAAGAGAGGAACCAGAGUUGGAAAAUAAAGUGUUCUGCUGUAUGAUUGACAUGUAACAACAAAUUGGAGCUGAUCAUUAUAGUCCCUCCCUUCCUACUUGGCUCAAUUUCUGAUUUUUUUUUAAAUGGUAGUACUUUGUUAAUGCAUUUGAAAUCAUUCCAUUAAAACAAAAUUUAAUUGGUAGCUUGGAAAGAUGAGAACAAACUUCUUAUAGCUGCGUCUCAAUCUGUGGAUGUUCAUGAAAGUAGAAAUUAAUUGCUAAGCUGCAAGCAAAGGAAAAGGGAGCCCAGUGCAAGCCCUGUGAUUCCCAAGCUUUGUUACCAUAACGCGCACACACAGAGAGAAAAUAGGUUGUCAUUAAGAAUGAACCAUGUCAGGGUUUAUGCAACAAUCUGCCACUUCUGCAGUGAGAUUUCAGGCAAGUCUGCUAUUGUCUGUUUGCUCUCUUAUUAAUCUGUCAGUUCAUAUGUGCUGUGCCUUUCUCAUCACAAGAGCCAUCCUGUAGUAGUAGUAUGGCUUGGAUAGGAUUGUGCACUUAAUAAUUUACUUCUAGGUAUAUUGUGGGCGUCCCUUGUGAACAAUGUAGAACAGUAUCACUAAAUAAAAAAGGGUUCCAAGAACAAACAAAAACUGCUGCCUGAGAUACUAAGAGGAACAAUGCCAAAAAUUGUAUUUCCCUGAUUUGCUUCAGCAGCAUUAAAUUGUUGAUGGUACAUUAGCACCACCCUGUGGUAGAAUGCAAUUACUGACAUUUCGUAUUGGAAAAAAUGACUUUCGUUUAAUGUUUUCUAACAAAAUGCAGCUUUUUAUGAGAGAAAAAUCAUAUCAUGUAGCAUUUGUAUAAUAUUUCAUAAGUAUCUUUAUAUUUAAAGUUAACUUCAGGUGAGACUGCUUCUGGUGCCAUACAAGACAUAUCUAUUAAACUUGCAUCUCUGUA